UCCAAUCAAAAUCAAGGGAGAGUGAACGGGUAUGCCAUUGGGCGAGACUCGGAGCCUGGCGGCCAAUGAGGGAAGCCAGCAGCUUGGCGCCUUCUUUUGUCCAGAGGAAAAGUUAAGUUCUCUCUUGGCGCCGCCGCCGCUAGCUACCGUCUUAGUCGCCAGCCUUAAUCGGGACCCUUUCCUGGGAUCGCUCUUCGGUCAUGUUUUUGGCAGACUUUCGCAAGGAAUUCUACGAGGUGGUUGUGAACCAGCGUGUGCUGCUGCUUAUUGCUUCAGAUGUAGAUGCAUUAUGUGCUUGUAAGAUACUCCAAGCUUUAUUCCAAUGUGAUCAUGUACAAUAUACCUUGGUUCCUGUAUCUGGAUGGCAAGAACUUGAAACUGCAUUUCUUGAGCAUAAAGAUCAGUUCCAGUAUUUUGUUCUAAUCAAUUGUGGUGCCAAUAUUGAUCUGUUGGAGGUCCUUCAACCUGAAGAAGACCUCAUUUUCUUUGUCUGCGAUACUCACAGGCCUAUCAACAUAGUGAACAUUUACAACGAGACACAGAUUAAACUCCUGGUUAAGCAAGAUGAUGACCUUGAAAUCCCAGCAUAUGAUGAUAUCUUCAGGGAUGAUGACGAGGAAGAGGAGGAUUCUGGGAAUGAAAGUGACGGAUCGGAGCCUUCAGGAAAGCGUCGGAGGCUUGAAGAGGAAAUUGUGGAAAGGACAAUGAAAAGACGGCAAAAGAGAGAGUGGGAGGCUCGAAGGCAAGAAAUUCUUUUCGACUAUGAGCAAUAUGAAUAUCAUGGCACUUCGUCGGCCAUGAUGAUGUUUGACUUGGCAUGGAUAAUGUCCAAGGACUUGAACGAUAUGUUGUGGUGGGCUAUUGUUGGGUUAACGGAUCAGUGGGUUCAAGACAAAAUCACUCAGAUGAAAUAUGUCACGGACAUUGGAACCCUACAGCGUCACGUCUCCAGGCAUAACCAUCGCAAUGGAGAUGAAGAGAAUUCCCUCUCUAUUGACUGCAUGAGAAUAGCCUUUGAAUACGACUUGUGUCUUGCUCUCUAUCAACACUGGUCUCUGUAUGAAAGCCUCUGUAAUACUUGCUACACUUCCGCCAGCUUCAAGCUUUGGUCUGUGCAAGGUCAGAAGAAGCUGCAGGAGUUCCUUGCGGAUAUGGGCUUACCUUUGAAGCAAGUGAAACAGAAAUUCAAUUCGAUGGACAUGUCCCUGAAGGAGAACUUGCGGGAGAUGAUUGAAGAAUCUGCGGAUAAAUUUGGAAUGAAGGAUUUAAGAGUACAAACCUUCAGCAUCCACUUUGGUUUUAAAAACAAGUUCUUAGCCAGCGACAUAGUGUAUGCGGCAGCUUCUUUAAUGGAGAAUACAGAGAAGGAAGAAAGUGGAACAGAUAAUUUUAUCAAGGCUUUGGAUAGCCUUUCCAGGAGUAACCUGGACAAGCUGCACCACGGGCUGGCGCUUGCGAAGAAGCAGUUGUGUGCCAUCCAGCAGACCGUCGCCAGCUGCAUUUGCACCAACCUCGUCGUCUCCCAGGGACCAUUCCUGUAUUGCUACCUCAUGGAGGGCACACCAGACGUGAGAUUGUUCUCCAGACCAAUGUCAUUAUGUCUGCUCAGCAAAUCCUUACUCAAAUCCUUCAUUUGCUCUACAAAAAACAAGCGCUGUAAACUGCUGCCGAUGGUUGUGGCUGCGCCGAUGGAUGUGGAGCAAGGCACGGUGAUCAUGGUGGGGAUCCCGCCCCACACGGAAAGCUCUGACAAAAAGAACUUUUUUGGAAGAGCCUUUGAAAAAGCUGCAGAGAGCACCAGUUCUAGGACUUUACACAACCAUUUCGACAUGUCUAUAAUUGAAUUGAAAAUGGAAGAUCGGAGUAAAUUUCUGGAUGCGCUUAUUUCUCUUUUAUCCUAAUGGGUCUUCCUGCCUUCCGCAUAUGGGUUUUAUCCUGUGUAAAUAUUGUCCGUUAUCUUGUGUCUGCCAUUAUUUUGUAUAAACUUUUAUGUAAACCUGUUUUAAACGCACAGGAGCUCCGAUGUACUCAAAGCACGUUUGUGCUUUAAAUUUUUAAUAAAAGGACGUUUUAAUGAUC